AUGCGUAGCUCCGACCAUUUCAGAGCAAACGUCUUCGCAGAAUUCCAGUCAUCGUCGCAGUUCAGCUUGGACGAGGCGCUGCAUUAUUUGACAAGAGUUGAAGUGACAGAAUUUGAAGACAUUAAAUCAGGUUACAGAAUAGAUUUUUAUUUUGAUGAAAACCCUUACUUCGAAAAUAAAAUUCUCUCCAAAGAAUUUCAUCUGAAUGAGAGUGGUGACCCAUCUUCAAAGUCCACUGAAAUCAAAUGGAAAUCUGGAAAGGAUUUGACGAAACGAUCAAGUCAAACACAGAAUAAAGCCAGCAGGAAGAGACAGCAUGAGGAACCAGAAAGCUUCUUCACCUGGUUUACUGAUCAUUCUGAUGCAGGUGCAGAUGAAUUAGGAGAGGUCAUCAAAGAUGAUAUUUGGCCAAAUUCGUUACUGUACUACUUGCUUCCUGACAUGGAUGAUGAGGAAGGGGAAGGAGAAAGGGAUGACGACGAUGAUGAAGAGGAGGAAGGAUUGGAAGAUAUUGAUGAAGAAGGGGAUGAGGAUGAAGGUGAAGAAGAUGAAGAUGAUGAUGGGGGGGAGGAAGGAGAGGAAGAUGAAGGAGAAGAUGACUAAUGGAACACUGAUGGAUUCCAACCUUUUUAAAUUUUCUCCAGUCCCUGGGAGCAAGUUGCAGUCUUUUUUUUUUUUCCUCCUCUUGUGCUCAGUCGCCCUGUUUUUGAGGUCUCUUUUCUCCUUUAUACCAUGGUUCACAACUUAUUUGGGGAGGGGGGAAAUAUCUUGAGCAGAAUUCAGUGGGAAAAGAAUCUCUACCCCUUUCUGUUUCAAAUUCAUUUUUAUCCCUUCCUGUCUCAACAAAAACUAUGGAAUCAACAACACCAUGCUCUGUGGGAAAAAAAGAAAAACCUUCUGCUCCCUUAGCUCUGCUGGAAGCUGGAGGGUGCUAGGCCCCUGUGUAGUAGUGCAUAGAAUUCUAGCUUUUUUCCUCCUUUCUUUGUAUAUUGGGCUCAGAGAUUACACUGUGUCUCUAUGUGAAUAUGGACAGUUAGCAUUUACCAACAUGUAUCUGUCUACUUUCUCUUGUUUUAAAAAAAAAAAAAAACUUAAAAAAAUGGGGUUAUAGAAGGUCAGCAAAGGGUGGGUUUGAGAUGUUGGGUGGGUUAAGUGGGCAUUUUGACAACAUGGCUUCUCCUUUGGCAUGUUUAAUUGUGAUGUUUAACGGACAUCCUUGCAGUUUAAGAUGACACUUUUAAAAUAAAAUUCUCUCCUAAUGAUGA